UGGAAGUUGCUCGCUACGUCCUCAUACAAAUCUCUGUCAGUCAGAGUUGUGGCGGAGUGGAUCUCCGCCGAAGAAAACUUUACCCAGCUUUUGUUUUCGCCGGGGGAGAAAGUUGUCGGAAGUCCACACAAUGUCUCCGGGCGGCUGGACGUGACCGGGGCGCCACGGUACGGACCCACACCAUGACUUUGUUCCGUCGCGGGCGUCGGACCCCGCGGUGUCUCUGCUGCUGUGCGGUGUGCGGAGCCUGCCACGCAGGCAGCUAACCUCUCCAAAGUCAAGAGACGUCUGCCUGCACAACACAAGUGGCCCGCGCAGUUUGACUGAGGUGACACGCUGCUUUGUUCCACCGUGGACUUUUGUUUUCCAAAAAAAAAAAAAAAAAGUUUGUGCGGAGCCAUGAUGAAGGUGAGCAGAUACUUGCGGGGCAGUGGGAGGGUGCUCGCCUUCGUGUUCGUCGCCUCGGUCGUCUGGCUGCUGUUCGACAUGGCCGCACUCCGCUUGUCGAUCAACGACGUGAACAGUCAGCUGCUCAAAGAGCGAGUGGUGAAGGAGCGGGAGGUGUUCCGGCAGCUGCCCCGCAGCACGCAGGCGGCGGCGAAGAGGAGGUUCCGACACCCGGUGCAGAGGGUGGACGCGGCCGUGACGCGCGCGGCCAAAGGACCGAUCAGCUCGGACAUCGAUGUCGCCCGAGUGUACAGACAGGGAGGCAGGAAGCGGGGGCCGGUGCCGCCGGACAAGAAGGUCAAAUCUCUUGAGCAGCAGGGGGACAAUCUCCCCAAGGCUCACCCCUCUGAACCUGUCGUCCCUGCCCCGCGUAAUGUCACGUCCAGGCACCAAGGUGGUGUUGCUGCAGAGAAGAAAGCAGUGAACUUGGACCUGCAUGGUGCAAAACUAGAGAAAAGUGGCGCUGUGGGUGUGUCUGAUAAAGUGACACCACCCGCAGGAGUGUCUGAAAGAAUCCUGGUGCCACCAGGUGAUCGGAAAAGGGAAGAGAACAUUCCAACUGGAGGUGUGCAGAGCAAAUUGGAUUUGGACAAAUUGGAUUCAAAGACAAAGGCAAAGGCAAAGGGAGAACUGGAACCUGGAACCAAAGCGAGGCAGCUGAGGACAGAGGAGGCACACCCUGCUCAAACAACAUCCACACCUGCCAAAGAGGAUGUCAAAGUUAAACAGGGGAACGUGAACGUGAAUGAAGAGCGGCAGCCUGUCGGGGGAAAUGGUAAGAGCGAUGUAAAGUUGACGAAGGAGCCCCCCGGACCUGUCAUCAAGGAGUCGAAGGACAACUCCUCCGCAGCCAGGAAACCAUCAGGGGUCCACAAAGUGCUCCCUCUGGACGCGACUCUCACCCCCAGAGACGCCAACGCCGUGGGCCAGUUCGGUCAGGCGGCGCUUGUUGCCAGUAACGAAGACGAAGAGGUGAGGAAGAGAUGGGACGAGGGGCAUUUCAACGUCUACCUGAGCGACCAGAUCCCGGUGGACCGCGCCGUCCCGGACACCAGGCCCGACACGUGUGCGCAGACUCUGGUCCACGACGACUUGCCUUCCACCAGCGUGAUCUUCUGUUUCGUGGAUGAAGUGUGGUCCACGCUCCUCCGCUCUGUGCACAGUGUGCUCAACAGAUCCCCCCCGCACCUCCUCAAAGAAAUCAUCCUGGUCGAUGAUUUCAGCACCAAAGACUAUCUGAAGCAGCCACUGGACACCUACAUGUCCCAGUUCCCCAAAGUGCGAAUCAUUCGUUUGAAGGAGCGAGAGGGUCUGAUCAGGGCCCGACUGGCCGGAGCUGCUGUUGCCAAAGGCGAGGUUCUCACCUUCCUCGACUCCCACGUCGAGUGUAACGUGGGCUGGCUGGAGCCGCUCUUAGAGAGAGUCUAUCUGGAUCGCAGGAAGGUUCCCUGUCCAGUUAUUGAAGUCAUCAGCGAUAAGGACAUGAGUUACAUGCUGGUUGACAACUUCCAGAGAGGCAUUUUCAAAUGGCCUCUGGUGUUCGGCUGGAGCGCUUUACCAGAGGAGUACAUAAAGAAGAACAACAUGACCAUCUCAGAUCCCAUCAGGUGUCCAGUUAUGGCUGGAGGCCUUUUCUCCAUAGACAAAAAAUACUUCUAUGAGCUCGGUGCCUAUGACCCAGGCCUGGAUGUGUGGGGUGGGGAGAACAUGGAGAUUUCAUUUAAGAUCUGGAUGUGUGGAGGGGAAAUUGAGAUCAUCCCCUGCUCUAGAGUGGGACACAUUUUCCGAGGACAGAACCCAUAUAAAUUCCCCAAGGACAGGCAGAAGACGGUGGAGCGCAACCUGGCGAGGGUAGCCGAGGUUUGGCUGGAUGAGUACAAGGACCUGUUCUACGGCCACGGCUACCACCACCUGCAGGACAAGAAGCUCACCGACAUCGGCAACCUCACGGAGCAGAUCGAGCUGAGGAAGAGGCUCGAGUGCAAGAGUUUCAAGUGGUACCUGGACAACGUGUAUCCGGACAUGGUCGCUCCUCUAGUCAAAGCGGAAGGCAUGGUCUUCAAUCGUGGCUUAAGGAAAUGCCUCACUCUGCAGAAAGACUCCCUGUCCUUCGAGAUAUGUGAUCUCAGUAAACAGAGUCAGCACUUUAAUUACACCUGGAUGAGGCACAUUCGCCAGCACGACCUGUGUGUCGCUCCCCGAGGCAAGAGCAGCGGCUUCGCUCUACAGUUGUGUGACAACACCAAGCCUGAACUACGCUGGUUCCACAAAUCCACCAACUCGGCUCUGGCGGAGCACCUCAUAUCAGAGUUUGUUUCCCACCACAUGUGCCUGGAGGCGGGUCCUCAGGGUGACUCUGUUUACCUCAACCCGUGUGUGCCCAGCAACGCCUUCCAAAAGUGGCAGUUCACACACUACCACACUUUGUGAUGACACCGACCAGGGUUUUUCUACGUGUUGAAUGUGCACUAUAGAGACCGUCAGUGGCCUCACACAACAGAAGGGUCUGUGGUGCAAACCUCAAAACACAGGACUGUCCAGAGGAGGCUGGAGACGCGUUUGGUGGCAUUAAUAAUAAUAAUAAUAUGUUGGUGUGGGGAUGUGCAAUGUUUCUAAUGUCCUUUUUUCUAUUCAUCAACGUGGACUGACCUUGAGUUUAUACGCUAGUGCCAGAAACAUGAGGGAAUGUUUUUUCUGGUUGGGGAGGUUUGCACAGGAAGUUUCUAAUUUCAAAAAAAGAUUCUUUAUACUGGUAUGUUGGGAAAAGUGCCUGUUUUUUUUUUGGGGGGGGGGGGGGGGCUUGUUUGUUUUUUAACUGGGUGAAAGUUCAUAGGAAAUUACUCCAACAAACUAUCAUUUGACUUCCAAAGAUUAACAAAGAAGUGCCUCAUUAAUCGGAAGUGUUUCCACUGUUGGAACAGUGAUGAUAAAAUGCAUGUAACGUAGAAUUUAUUUGUUUGUAUAAAACGUGUCGCAUCUAUUUUCCGAUGUCAUGUUCUUUGUUCGAUGAGGCACUUUGGGAAAAUGGCUGCUUCUCUGGUUUUUAUUGCCGUGUUAUUUUAGGUGUAGAUUUUGUUUUGAAAGCUGUUUUUGUAUGAUUUUUGUUUUUCGUCACCAGGGGGAAGUGUUGGUUCGUUACGCCCAGUAAACCUGUGUGUGUGAUUUCACGAUUAAGUGAUCUGUCGUCACUCCCGUUGUACCACAAAUUUAUGAAUAUGCAUUUUCAUAUGAAAGUAAAACUGAUGACGAUAAA